UGUAGUCUAUCUCUAUGGUCUGUGCUAAUGAUAAUGAUAAUAUUUAUAUUUCAUAAAAGAUAAUUUCAAAGUGCUAAUGAACUGAGAAAUUGCAAAUAAAAAAUUAUAGCAUUCUACUCCUUUUAAAAAAUUGUAUCUACAAAAAAAAAAUGGGUGUACUCAAGAUAUAUUGCUGGGAUGAAUCGAGUUGAGUGCUUAAUACCAAAGAGGUACUAACAUCCUAGGACAUUUCCAUUUUAAAGAGCAUACACUAGAACUUCAACCUUUAGUGUUAAUAAGUAAGGGGCGUACUAUAAUAAUUAUAAAAUUUCAAUAAUUUCCUAACGUUGAAAUGGCUUCUCUUGACAUGAAAGUAAUUGAAGCCGAAGCUAGAGAAUCUGCAAAAAAACAUGUUGCAACAAUUAUAAAAAAGCAUGGAAAACUCGAAAAAGUUGAUCAAAUCAAGAGAAAGAUAAUUCGUCAGAAGGGAUCCGUAGAAGCACAAUUGAAAUCAACUAUCCAACAACAACUUGAUGGAGUUCACAUCGGUUUGGAGAAGCUCAAGGAUGCUCAAGUAGAAGUGGCUGAAGUUGACCAAGAUUUAUGUAAAAUGGCCGAGCUAUUUAAUCAAGUGCCAAGCUUAUAUCAUAAAUUAAGUGUAGUUAGAGAUGAAAACAUGAAACACUCACAAUAUGUUACUGCACGAGAGAAUUUGAAACAUAUUUUUACUGUUCCAGAAAGUGUAGAAAAAACCAAGCAAUGGAUUAAUGAAGGAAAACUGCUUCAUACUCACCAAUGCUUGAGAGAUUUGGAAAAUUCUCGCGAUGAUUUAUUAUAUGAGCUCCAUAAACUACCUAAUCAAUCUCCUCACGACAAAUCAAUGUUGAAAGCUUAUUUUUCUGAAGUUGAGGAACUUUCAGUUUUACUUGAGAAACAGUUACGUCUUGUGCUAUCAAGAACCCUUAAUACUGUGAGAAAAGAACCAACAGUAAUCGUGACAGCAUUGAGAAUUAUUGAGAGAGAAGAGAAGGCAGAUGAAGAGGCUUUAAAACAAGAGAAACAAACAGGAUUCAUUGCUCCAGGCCGCCCAAAGAAAUGGAAGAAAAUGGCAUUUGAAGUUUUAGAACAUUCAGUUGCUACAAGAAUUGAGGGUACUCAGGUAGAUGAAAGAUCAGAUAAUAAAAAUUGGCUCAUCACUCAUUUAGAACUUAUACGACAACUGAUCCUUGAAGACCUGAGAGUAGUUAAAACACUUUGUGUUCCUUGUUUUCCACCUAGAUACAAUAUAAUUCAUGAGUAUAUAAAAAUGUAUCAUCAUUGCUUGUCUGUACAUUUACAAGAAAUUAUUCAAAAUGGUCUUGAAGGAAAUGAAUAUGUUACUGUUCUUUCUUGGGUAUAUAAAACAUAUUUUUCUGAUGAGCUUCUUAGUCACCCUGAUUUGAUGCAGUUCACUUCAAAACUAGAAAAAGAAAAUCCACUUCUCCCAAAAGAAGUGCUGAGUCAAUUACAAAAUGAGUAUCUCAAUAAUAUGGAAAAAAAUUAUGCUGAAUGGAUGAAAAAUACUUUGAAUUCAGAGAAACAAGAAUGGUACUCAUCUAUAGAGCCACAAGUUUCCCAUACAUCUGGUACAGGUCCAAUCAUAAUCUUCCAAAUGAUAGAUCAGAAUUUACAAGUUACUAAAACAGUGAGUGACCAACUUACUUUUGAAGCAUUAAAGUGCGGUAUAGAUCAUGUUAUAAGAUAUGGAGGUUCAUAUAAAGAUGAGAUACUUGAAUUCAAAAACACAUAUUUUAAUGAUAGGAAGCAGGUACCAUUUUUUACACACCACAUGAUAACUAUUGUAAAUAACUGCCUGAAACUUGCUGAUUUGAGCACUCAAUUAGAAAAACAAUAUCUGAUAGGCCUAACAGAUAUUCAAGAAGAAGAUAAGAAUAUAGUGAGAGAAAAAUUCAAAAAGUUGAGAACAGUAUUUUUAGAAUUACGAAACCAAUCUGGAAUAUAUUUAUUAGAGGAACUCUUCUUAGAUUUGGAAAAAUAUUUCUCUGACCUCUUCACUUCAAAUUGGCUAGGAUCAUCAGUUGCUGUAGAUACAAUUUGCUUAACAACAGAGGACUAUUUUCAAGAUUAUAGUGGUCUUGCACAAAAGAACUUUGAUUAUAUUGUAUAUCAGGUGAGAAGAAGAUAUGUUGAAAAAUACUUGACAUCUUUACUGAGCAAAAGAGUAUCUUUCAAAACUUAUCAGGAAUGUACUAACGCAGCUUCUCAAGUAUUGAGAGAAGUAGGCCAAUUGAAAAACUUAUUAAAUGGUUUAUGUAAAGACAUAAGUGGUGAUGACCCAUUUGAAGCAAUUACCGUACUAGUCGAGAUCCUAAAGAGCGAUGAUGAUAUGCUAUCGUUUGAAUUGCAUAGAGUUGUAGAAAAGUAUCCGGAUAUCAGCGAUGAUCAGUUGUUGAGACUGAUGCAUUUAAGAGGAGAUUUGAAUUGGUCUGAUGUCAAAGAUAAAGUAUCACACUUGAUAAGGCCUAAAAAUUACCUCCCUCCCAGUAUUUUCAAAGGACUAAUUUUUCCCAAGCUGGUGAAUUUGUUCAAUAAUUGAUUUAUGUUAUCAGGAUUAUAUAUAAAGCUUAACAUGGUGCAGUAUCUAAUUUAAACUUCAGCAAAUUAAGAAGACAUGGCGAUUUUAACUGUGCUUUAUAUUGGCCAGACUUUUUUCUGGAGUGAGAAGUUACUUGAUGGUAAUGAUAAAUUGGCAGAUAUAUCAGUUUACAACAAAUGAAACGAUGAAUGUAAGAUGCUCAAUGUUUCAAGUUUGAAUAUCAUUCAAGAUUUAAAUGUAAUGGACUAUAGUAGUAUAUUUUGGAUAUAUUGAUACAUAUUGAUAAUUUGAUUGGCCAAGGUAUGAACAUUGUUACUUCUUCACCUGCAAGAGUAUUUCAUUUGGAAAGCAUAAAAUAUUCAAAAUUGGGCCGAAUUUACACCUCAUAAGCAGAUAUGAAAUUUAGUUCAAUCGUUUUGUAAUGUGUGUAAAUGAUAAUGCAACAGAAAUAACUGACAUUGUAUUACUUUAUUGAUGAGUCCUGUAUAACAUGGAAAUGCUUCAAACACUGGUUGUAUAUCUAACCAAACAAAUCAACAUAUAUAACAAUAAAUGGAGAAUAAAUAAAUAAAUAGGUUAGUGCAAUAAUUAAAUGAAGAUAAAAUUUAUCAAUUUAUAAUUAUACUCAAUUGUUGCUGAAUAAAAUUAUUGCUUGUUUUCAA